CCUCUCUCAGGGCGAUUGAAUCGUUGAUCAGAUCGGCUGGUUCUCGUGCAUUGGCGCGCUUUCUCCGAAUUCAUUUGGACGCACGAGGGAAGCUCUUCCUCGAACUUGAGACACAAUGGGUCGUGGGGGCAGGCCAAGCCUGAGACAGGGCCUGGAUAAGGAUGUCUAUCAGAUCGUGCGCAAAAUUCUUGACGAGCAAGCGGAGAAUGGAGCUACGCGCGUUUCUGUUUCUACGAUAUACGACACGAUCAAGCGGUCGAACUCGAGUCUGAAUCGCAAACCUAAGAGGAUUCUCGAGGAUAGCAUCGAGCGUGUGGUGGAGGUGAUCAAAGGCGAUGAGGAGGAGGAAGAUUCCGUGGAAGGGGACUUUGAGGGGCUGGAGGAACCGGCAGCGCCAGAGUCCAACAGCCUGAACAAGAGCCUCGUCGGCAUGUGGAACACCAAAAACGGCGCCACGGACGCCCAGAAACCAGGCGAGACGAACAACACCACGACAGACACGGCCACGCCGGCUCCGAAAUCUUCCACGAAAAAGCGACACCAUGGCGGCGAAUCGACCUCCUCCAAACGCCGCAAGGGCGACACCGCCGUCGAUCGAUCCCCGCCCACGCACGUCAGCCUCGCGGACUUGGGUGGUCUGGACGAUGUGGUCGAGCAGCUCGGAGAUCUGGUCAUCCUGCCCAUGACCCGCCCACAAGUCUACAUGUCCUCCAACGUGCAGCCGCCCCGCGGCGUGCUGCUCCACGGGCCCCCCGGUUGCGGUAAGACCAUGAUCGCCAACGCCUUCGCCGCCGAGCUGGGCGUGCCCUUCAUCUCCAUCUCCGCACCCUCCGUCAUCUCCGGGAUGUCCGGAGAGUCCGAGAAGGCGCUGCGCGAGUACUUCGAGGAAGCCCGGCGCAUCGCGCCCUGCCUCAUCUUCAUCGACGAGAUCGACGCCAUCACGCCGAAGCGCGAAAGCGCGCAGCGCGAGAUGGAGAAGCGCAUCGUGGCGCAGCUGCUGACCUGCAUGGACGACCUGGCGCUCGAGAAGACGGACGGCAAGCCCGUCAUCGUGCUGGCCGCCACGAACCGGCCCGACAGCCUGGACGCCGCGCUGCGCCGCGGCGGCCGCUUCGACAAGGAGAUCAACAUGACGGUGCCCUCGGAGCCCGUGCGCGAGCAGAUCCUCCGCGCGCUGACCCGCAAAAUGCGGCUCGCCGACGACCUCGACCUCAAGCUUCUCGCCAAGCGCACCCCGGGCUUCGUGGGCGCCGAUCUCAACGACCUGGUCGCCACGGCCGGCUCGGCCGCCAUCAAACGGUACCUUGAGAUCCUGAAACAGAACAGCGGGCCCGAGGACGAGAAGAUGAUGGACUUCGAGGACCUCAGCGUGACCGAUGACCUCAGCCCCAAGGUCAAAGAGAUCCGCCGGCUGAUCGUCCACGCCAAGGACACGCCCAUCGGGGACGAGACGCAGACGGUCCUCGUCUCGAACGCGGACUUCUUCACCGCGCUCCCCAAGAUCCAACCGUCGUCCAAACGGGAAGGCUUCGCGACGAUUCCGGACACGACGUGGGCGGACAUCGGGGCGCUGGGCGGGAUCCGCGACGAGCUGUCGACGGCGAUCGUCGACCCGAUCCGCCACCCGGAGAUCUACGCCAACGUGGGCAUCACCGCGCCCACGGGGGUGCUGCUGUGGGGACCCCCCGGGUGCGGUAAGACGCUGCUCGCGAAGGCGGUGGCCAACGAGUCGCGGGCCAACUUCAUCAGCGUCAAGGGCCCCGAGCUCCUCAACAAGUUUGUGGGCGAGUCCGAGCGCGCCGUGCGCCAGGUGUUCGUGCGCGCGCGCUCCUCGGUCCCCUGCGUCAUCUUCUUCGACGAGCUGGACGCCCUCGUCCCCCGCCGCGACGACACCCUUUCCGAGGCCUCCGCCCGCGUCGUCAACACCCUGCUCACCGAACUCGACGGCCUUGGCUCCAGCCGCCAGGGCAUCUACGUGAUCGCCGCCACCAACCGGCCCGACAUCAUCGACCCCGCCAUGCUGCGCCCCGGCCGCCUCGAGACGCUGCUGUUCGUCAACCUCCCCAGCCCCCUCGAGCGCGCCGACAUCCUUCAGACCCUCGUCCGCAAGCUGCCCAUCGAGUUUGACGACAACCUCCGCCGCCUCGCCGAGGAGUGCGAGGGCUUCAGCGGUGCUGAUCUGGGCAGUCUGCUGCGCCGCGCUGGGUACUCUGCCAUCAAGCGCCGCGAUGCCAUCAAGUUCGAGGACUUUGUCGCGGCCAAGGCGUUCAUCCGGCCCAGUGUGACCGAUCUGAAGAAGUAUGAACGUUUGAGGAGGGACUGGAGCGGUGGUGUCGUUUAGGCUGCGUUGCUGUUGUCGGAUGAAGGUUACUGUACAUAGAUAGAUAGACUGAGAGGUCGGGGUGUUUCUCUGCCGACAAAGAUUUACCGGUUGUUGGUAUGGUUCCACUGUUC